GCAUGAAGUAGUUCACCCCGGUCCUUCCCCCUUUUUCUGCCACGUGGUAUGUUCCAACCCAGUAUUUAAAUCCGGGAGCUUGAAGGCUGUGCUGUUCAUGCUGAAAACCGGUGUAAUCCAGGAAGCAGCCGUGACACAGAAUCAGAGGAAGAGAGGAGGACAAAAAAACUGCCUCAGCAGCACACUGAAGGUUGCGACAGUUUCAGCAAGAGAAGAAAAGGAAACACAAAAGAAGGGGAACAGUGUGAUCCUGGUGUCAGAGCAGCCUGUGUUUUGGAGAGAGCAUACGCUGUGUCGUUCUUCUCUCAUUUGCUGUCAUUCUCUCUCUUCCACUGUACCAGCGGGGGAGGGUGCAUCAGCCGUCCCAGGCCUAGUUAGAUGUCCCAGCAUCCCGCAAGAGCACAAUCAAGGCCACUGCAACCAUAACGGAGACUGUGAGAACAGGACAAGACAGCUAGAUAGAGACCUCUGUGGUGUGUCUGGGUCCGUCAAGUCCCUCAAGCCUCAGCGAUCCCUUCCAGGGACACCUGUUUCUCUGUCCCACUACCCAGUUGACCUGCGAACAUCAAUGGAGGAAAAGUACAAAGAGAUUGCAGAGGAGCUGUUCACACGCAGCAUGGCAGAGAGCGAGAUGAGAAGUGCCCCUUAUGAGUUCCCAGAGGACAGCCCCAUUGAACAGCUGGAAGAACGACGGCACCGCCUGGAGAGGCAAAUUAGUCAAGACAUAAAGCUUGAGCCAGAGAUCUUGCUCCGUGCCAAACAGGACUUCAUGAAAAUCGACAGUGCUGCAGACCUAGAGUUAAUGAAGGACAAGAGUGAGGACACUGUUGACGUUGGCUUCCCAGAUAGAGAAAUGCCGAUGGAAAGAGAGUACCAACGGGUCUCAAUAUCUGGAGAGGAGAAGUGUGGGGUGCCCUUCACUGACCUGGUAGAUGCUGCCAAGUGUGUGGUGAAAGCAUUAUUCAUCAGGGAGAAGUACAUAAAUCGCUCCAUGCAGACAUUUUGUAAGACCACAGCUCAUGCCUUGCAAGACCUCGGGAUGAAGACUCUGGAUAUGGGAAUCUAUGACGAUAUACCAGAGACCCCUGUAGAUGCUGAUGCCCCCGUCCACCCUCCAGUUUCAGAGUUUCAUCCUUAUGACAACCUGGACCCAAAGAAUAUGCCAGCAGACACAGGAUAUGGUUGUAAGAUGGUUGGUGGCGUAGUCCAUGUGUACACCAAGAAAACCAACAUGGACAAAAGUGCAGAACUUGACCUGCCAUAUCCUGACCUGAAGGAAUAUAUCGAAGACAUGAAUGUGAUGAUGUCCCUCAUAAUCAAUGGGCCAGUGAAGUCUUUCUGCUACCGUCGCCUGCAGUAUCUAAGCUCUAAGUUUCAGAUGCACAUCCUCCUGAACGAGAUGAAGGAGCUGGCAGCUCAAAAGAAGGUUCCUCAUAGAGACUUCUACAACAUAAGAAAGGUUGACACACAUAUACACGCUUCAUCCUGCAUGAACCAGAAGCACCUGCUGCGAUUCAUUAAGAGAGCCAUGAAGAAAUACCCCGAAGAGAUUGUUCACGUGGAGUGUGGCCGUGGUCAGACACUCAAAGAGGUUUUCGAGUCCAUGAAUCUUACAGCCUACGACCUGAGUGUAGAUACACUUGACAUGCAUGCGGACCGAAACACAUUUCAUCGGUUUGAUAAGUUUAACUCCAAAUACAACCCCAUUGGAGAGUCGAUCCUCAGAGAGAUCUUCAUCAAGACUGACAACUGCAUUGAAGGGAAAUACUUUGCACAUAUAGUUAAGGAGGUGAUGGCUGACUUGGAGGAGAGUAAAUACCAGAACUCUGAGCUACGACUGUCCAUCUAUGGACGUUCCAGGGAUGAAUGGGACAAUCUGGCUCAGUGGGCAGUCAGACACAGAGUGUACUCUGAUAAUGUGCGCUGGCUUGUCCAGGUGCCCCGUUUAUUUGACGUGUACCAUACAAAGAAGCAGCUGGCAAACUUCCAGGAGAUGUUGGAGAAUAUCUUCAUGCCUCUGUUUGAAGUCACAAUCAACCCCAGCAGUCAUCCUGAACUGCAUCUCUUCUUGGAGCACGUGGUGGGCUUUGACAGCGUGGAUGACGAGUCCAAACCUGAGCACCACAUUUUCAAUCUUGACAGCCCACUGCCAGCUGACUGGACAGAAGAGGACAACCCACCCUAUUCCUACUACCUCUACUACACCUACGCUAACAUGACUGUGCUCAACCACCUGCGAAGGCGACGAGGCUUCCAUACGUUUGUGCUGCGACCUCACUGUGGUGAAGCCGGGCCAAUCCACCACCUGGUGUCAGGUUUCAUGCUGUCAGAGAACAUCUCUCAUGGGCUGCUGCUCAGAAAGGCUCCGGUGCUUCAGUAUCUUUACUACCUGGCUCAAGUUGGCAUUGCCAUGUCGCCACUGAGCAACAACAGCCUGUUUCUGAGUUACCACCGCAACCCGCUGCCAGAAUAUCUGUCCAGAGGCCUCAUGAUCUCUCUGUCUACAGAUGAUCCUCUUCAGUUCCAUUUCACCAAGGAACCCCUGAUGGAAGAGUACAGCAUUGCAGCUCAAGUGUGGAAACUGAGCUCAUGUGACAUGUGCGAGCUAGCAAGAAACAGCGUCCUCAUGAGUGGAUUUUCACACAAGGCGAAAAGCUACUGGCUUGGCCCCAGUUAUUGUAAGGAGGGUCCUGUGAGCAAUGACAUCCGCCGCACCAACGUCCCUGAUAUCCGUGUGGCGUACCGCAGUGAGACGCUCACCGAGGAGCUUCACCUCAUCACUCACGCUGUGCGCACGGAGGAGCUGGACACUAUUGAUGAGGAGGACUCUCUGACCAUGGGUCCUCUCUCGGGGCGGCGUUGAAGUCACAGUUGCAUGGUUUCUCAAACCUGUGGCUCACUCAGCAUGACACUGAAGACACACGAUGUGAGAGUAUUUCUGCCAUUUGAUCUUUUCAACAAAUACCACUAAGCAUCACUGUAGAAGUGUGCCACACUGACAGCAACCCAAAAAGCCAAGGUUACAGUGCUGCCAGUCUUCAACUUCUAUAUAAUGUUGCAAGUAAAAAAAAAAUCCCUUGUUUUAUUUAACCCCUUAACUUGUGUUUCUUGUGUUCUCUGUGACAUGCCAAAUCUGAGUCAGCAUCAUGAAGGUUUGCAGGGAUCAGCAUCAGGACUCAACAUUUAACAGCUGGAAAACAUGCAGUUGAAUCCGCUAAUUAUUUCGCCAAAGUUAUCACAGGAUCCCUUUUAAUGUUUUCUGUAACUUACUUGCACAAUGACAACCAGCACGUUUAAACAACAUCUCAAGCUAAACUUCCCAGUGUUGUUUAACUUUGACUAUAGAGUUACGCUGCUUAAUUAUCCUCACUGCAUCUGUUCUCUUUACAAUACAUUAUCAAAGGAUUAUAGAUGCAGGGUAAUUGUAAAAGCAUGUUGGAGGCUGGAUAUAUAUACCUGCACAGCAAACUUUAACAAAUUUCCCAUUUUAUUCUAUUGAAUGCUGCAGCACUGAAUAGCUGCCUUGUACAUUGCUUGGUGUGGUAUUAGAUCUUUUGCUGAAUUGCACAUUUACAAUAAACAUUCUUCCGUGAUUCUGUUGAGCUCAGAAAGUAACUUGGCCUUUAAGUUAAGCAAGACUUUAAGUGUCUGACUGCAAACAUUCCUUAAAGCAAGCAGAUCUCCUUAGCUGCACAUUAAAUUAUUCCUGGAAAAUUAUUUUGGUGUUAUUUUGGUUAUUUUAGUGGUGCAUGUCGGCAGUAGCACAGACCUGAUAGACAGAUGUGCACUGUAGAGCACAAAAAAUUAUGGAUGAAUACAGUUACAUCAUUGUGGCCAUGAAGCAUCCUCUGUAUGUCCGUAGGGCCCUGAUCACACUCAUUCCUUUUCCAGUCAAUAAACUGGAGAGUCACAGGUUUUCACUUUGCAUGCAGCUCACUGUUGAUAAGCACCAAGCCAAGACUUCACAGUGCCUUUUCAUCUUUAGCUCUGAGAGAUGCAUGUUGAGCUUUAUCUCUUUAUUACCGACAUUUUCUUCUCUGUGGAUAUACGUUGGGAAUGCUGGUGGAACUGAAAGCACCGGCUGUGUGCACGCUGUGAAAUAGCUUUCACUUUGGCCUCUCAGGAGGACGGUGGAUUUGUUUCAAGUGUUUCUGCUUUUUUGCAUGCCUGCAUGACUUAUGGAUGUGAGGAGAAAAUGAGUUGUUUACAUUAAGCUGUAAUGUAAAGCAUCUUAACUAGUCCAGGGGUGCCGACCAGCUUUAGCUUCUGAAUCUGUUUGCAAUGAAGUGAAACAGAUUUAAACUCAGCGCUGUAGAAAAAGAGCAAACCAUGCUGGGACAUGGUUACCUGUUGCAUGGUACUAUACAUACACACACACUCACACACAUUAUAUAUAUAUAUAUAUAUAUAUAUAUAUAUAUAUAUAUAUAUAUAUAUAAUUUUUUUUUAUUUUAAUUCAUCUACAAAAACAGGUCAAAAAGCUGGCAUCACGUGCCUCACACUCAUCACACUUUUCAACCUGCCACUGGACACAGUCCAGCCUCCAUCAAACUGUGAGCUUUGGAUUCUCCCAUAGGCUGAUUUUUGUAGUUGAGAUCAUAGGAAUGACUUAGAAAGUGUUAGCCUAUGUUUGAAUAACCAGCUGUACAAUAUUGGGCUGCACGUGUGUUUGCUUUAUAGAUGAUUGGGAUAAAAAAUGAGAAUCCACAUUUGCUGGAUGAGAACAUUGUAGCUUCUAAGGAUGCGCUGGAGUUGAGUACUGAACUCUGAGGAACUUAUGUGAUUGCUGAAUUUAAUCUAUAUAUUUUUAAAGGCAAAAUAGAGAGAAGAAAUUUUAUAUUCACAAUAUAUUAAUGUUAAUGGUAAGAGUUUCGUUUCUGUUUUAUUGUGGUUAAAGGUUAUUAUGAUAUCAAAAGCAGUUUUUUUUAAUAAGGUUCUGUUAUUGUUGGCUUUUAACAAGUAAUUGGACAUAAUGUUUUAGUCGUUGCUCUGCUUGUUUAUUGUGACCACAGUCAUUUUUUCCUCACGUUUUUGUUUUAUUAACCGGUUGUUUUAAUACAAAUAAAUUGUCCACAAUAGAUGGUGCCUCUUAAUUUAAAGUAGCUAGUCAGACAUAACAAACAUGAAAACUGACUUUUAUUAUGCAUCAUGAUUGUAGGGUUACUUUUUAAGGUUUUGUUCGGUGCAAAGUUUUUUUUUCAACCAACACUGUGUUAAAAAUUAUUUAAACCAAACUAUGAAUGGAUUGUAAUUUACACAGACUCGUCGUCUGCCUGCCUUUACAGUUUAAUUUCUUCAGCUUGUUCAACAAUCACACUGUUAUCUACUUGGUAGCGUUUAGUGAAGAAGUACAUUUUCAAUGAGUAAACUCUGUAAUACCAAACUGAUCAGACCUUUGUUCACUUUUCAUCCACUCAGCUUUACAACUCAUUUACUGUGUACAAGAUGUCCUCAUCAUAGAGCAUGCUACCUCACCGAUACUCAUUUCUCAGUAUUGCCUCUGUGGUGCCCAGUACUGUCCACAAACAAAUGGUUUAAAACAAAAGUUUCCAUUGCCCAUUGCCACAUAUACAUAUAUAUAUAUAUAUAUAUAUAUAUAUAUAUAUAUAUAUAUAUAUAUAUAUAUAUAUAUACACACACAUAUAACCUAAUAUCAGCCAUUUUCAUUUGUGAAAAUAUUCAAAUAGUCAUUUAGAUCUGGAUUCUUGUGAAAUUUUCUUAUUGCUUUGUCCCAGUGAACAGGCAGACAGAAAAGUAAAUGGCGUUAUGAUGCUGCCAUGUGUCCACUGAGCAGUAACACUGUGACUACAUAAACAAAAACUAUCUAUUAAUCAUAUUCGAACAUUAUUACGACACUAUCUACAUAUGAAUCUUGUUCAUGUUUAGUUAGAUUUUAUUUCUGCCUGCUAACUUCAUGGUGCAUUUAGUAUUAGGAAUCUUGAAGAAAUGUUUGUGUUCAGCUGAUAUUUUUCUGAAAAGUAUGUUUUUACACAGUUGUGUCACUUCUUUAACAAGUAAGCUUAAAUUUGAAUUCUGCCUAUUUUUAUGUCCAUUGAUAAUGUAGCCUUAUUAUUGCUUGAGAUGGACUGUCAGCAUUUUACAAAUUCUGAUAAGGUUCCUGUAUAUUGUCUGAAUAAUUAAAUAAAGCAUGUUAAUUCACUA